GAAGCAGCGUCGCUCGCCGCUACGUGCGGAGUGUUGCGGGAGGGGGCGCUUGGCGGCCGCCGCGCGGCGGGACGAUGGAGCUCCGAGCGCAGCUCCAGCGCCGCUGGUGGGACCGUGGACCGUUUUAAUUUUGGUUGCUGUUACUACUGAUAUCUGAGCCAAAGUGGUGCUGAUAACUGAGGGAAUCUCUGCAACCUGUAAGUCAACAAUUACAUGAUUGUGAGCCAUGCCUUUAGUGAAGAGGAACAUUGAACCCCGGCACUUAUGCCGGGGAGCUCUACCAGAAGGAAUUACCAGUGAACUUGAAUGUGUAACCAACAGUACUCUUGCUGCAAUCAUACGCCAGCUAAGCAGUCUGAGCAAACAUGCUGAAGACAUAUUUGGUGAGUUGUUUAAUGAGGCUAACAACUUCUACAUCAGAGCAAAUUCUCUUCAAGACAGAAUUGAUCGCCUUGCUGUCAAAGUUACCCAGCUGGAUUCCACAGUCGAAGAGGUGUCACUACAGGACAUCAACAUGAAAAAAGCUUUCAAAAGUUCUACAGUUCAAGAUCAGCAGGUGGUUUCAAAGAACAGCAUUCCUAAUCCUGUUGCUGACAUUUACAACCAGAGUGAUAAACCUCCACCUCUGAACAUCCUGACACCUUACAGAGAUGAUAAGAAGGAUGGGCUGAAGUUCUAUACUGAUCCUUCCUAUUUCUUUGACCUAUGGAAAGAAAAAAUGCUACAGGAUACAGAAGACAAAAGAAAAGAGAAACGGCGUCAAAAGGAGCAAAAGCGUAUAGAUGGCACCACCCGUGAGGUGAAAAAGGUUAGAAAAGCCAGAAACAGGCGCCAGGAGUGGAAUAUGAUGGCAUAUGACAAAGAGCUUAGACCCGACAACAGGUUGUCUCAGAGUGUGCACCACGGAGCAUCUUCCGAGGGAUCUCUGUCCCCAGACACUAGAUCCCAUGCAUCAGAUGUUACAGAUUACUCUUAUCCAGCUACACCCAACCAUUCUCUGCAUCCCCAGCCGGUCACCCCUUCCUACACUGCCGGUGAUGCACCACCACAUGGGGCUGCAAACCAGGCCCCUGAACAUGAGUACCGGCCUCCCUCUGCCUCGGUGAGGCACAUGGCCCUAAACAGACCUCAGCAGCCGCCACCACCACCACCACCCCAGGCCCCAGAGGGGUCCCAGGCCUCUGCACCAAUGGCUCCAGCAGAUUAUGGGAUGCUCCCGGCACAGAUAAUUGAAUAUUACAACCCUUCAGGACCACCUCCUCCUCCACCUCCACCCAUGAUUCCUUCAGCACAAACUGCUUUUGUCAGCCCUCUCCAGAUCCCCAUGCAGCCCCCCUUUCCUGCAUCAGCUGGUUCCACAUAUGCUGCUCCUCCUCAUCCACCCUCAGCUGGGCUCCUCAUCACAGCACCACCGCCUCCAGGUCCACCACCUCCCCCACCAGGCCCUCCUGGCCCCAGCUCUUCUCUUUCAUCCUCCCCAAUGCAUGGCCCCCCUGUAGCUGAGGCAAAGCGUCCUGAGCCUGCACAGCCUCCGAUAAGUGAUGCUCGAAGUGACCUCCUUGCUGCCAUCAGGAUGGGAAUUCAGCUGAAAAAGGUGCAGGAGCAACGUGAGCAAGAGGCCAAGCAGGAGCCUGUUGGAAAUGACGUGGCCACAAUCCUAUCCAGACGCAUUGCUGUAGAGUACAGCGACUCCGAUGACGACUCUGAGUUUGAUGAGAACGACUGGUCUGACUAAGGCCAUACAGGGACGGUGGCAGGUGGACCACCAGUACAGUGUGUGUGGAAGUUCACUGGGGAUUUCAGUUGGUUUCAGCACCCAAAUUGUGAUAUUAUAAUCCUGUAGCUUAGCACCUUUUGUAUUAAUAAUGUGAUAUUGCUUCUGCACAUCCAAAAUUUCUGGGUUUUUUCAGUAUUUACUGUGUAAUACUUAAGUGCCACUAAAUAUAGCACAUCGUGCUGCACAAAAGGAGAUAUGCUGUAACUAUUGCAUUGUUCUGAAAACAGCAUCUUGCUUCCCUCUUAGCCAUGAAAGUAUUUACUUUACCCUUAUUGAUCAUUAAGAUUCUGUAGACUUGCUGUGUGUCUGUGAGCUGCCUGGUUUUAGGUCUUGGCAAGAUUAAUGACUGUGUCAAGAGUGAUGUCUUCCAAUCAGUAAGUGACACUGUUUUGCCUUUUUUUUUUUUUUUUUUCAUUUUUACUAUGUUUCAGAAGAAGUUAGUUGUAGAGGGAAAGGUCUAACAACAGGAGAAUCAAAUGUUUCUGCAUUCAGUUUUUUGAUUUGGUAGCUAUUGAGUGAAUUCAAAUGUUCUAUUGAAUAAUUUCAUUGCCUUUUCAUGCACUUGUCAAAUGUGAAAUUGGAAAGGCCCUUUUCAGGCAGGUUUCCUGUGGAUAUUCACUUAAUAAAUGCUUGGUGGUGAUUUUUGCAUGAAGUUUCAGCAGCUCAGUAGUAAUGCAAAUGAACACAAGGUCCUUUUCCCUUUUAGGGACCAUUGGGUUCAUACUUAAAAUAUUGGCUAGCCCUGAUGGCUUGGGUACCAGGCAGCCAGAACAGCUGUGAGCCAUCUAGGAGUAUAGCCCCCAGCUAGACAGAGCUACCACAUGUGGCCCUGUGUGCAAAGGCAACCCACUCUAUUUGGUCAGAAUUUUAAAAGCUUAUAUUUAAGUGAAAAAUAGUGACAGCUAUUUACUUCUCAAGGUGCUGUGGCAGAUUGGGGGUUAGCCCCAUGCAGGGCCUUUGCCCUGUCUUAGAAGCACACAGUUCUCUUCUUUCAUAUUGUUGUUAGCACAUUAAAUUUUAAAAAAUGUACCUCACAAGAUUACCUUGAUUUGAUUCCUAGUGGUGGCAAAGCACCUUGCUUUCACCUCCACUCACCCUAUUCCCCUUUCCACAGGUCCCAUAGACCUGGCUCAGGCAUACUACCAGGGAGACUCAAGAAUGACAGCUUCUACUUUGUAAUUCUAGAUAAGGACAAAUGCUUGUUAAGAAUAAAUAAUUGUCCCAGGCUUGGGUUGUAGAUAGGAAAAAUAUGCUAAGGUCCUUCACUUGCUGUGGAGUUGUGCCUAUCUGCAGUACUUCCAAUAGGUUGCAGGUGCUGGGAACUCUCAGCUCCAACAAAGGAAAGAAUCUUGAGCUGGGGCUGAGAUGUGUGAGUUGAUGGGAGAAUGUUGUAACAAAUGAUUUUUGUUCAUGAAUUCUGGGGAAAUCAGCCAGCUGCCCACAUCACCCUGUGUCUCUGUGUGGAUACCUCUUAACUUGGGGCAGCUGUUGUAUGAUGCCUGCCUGCACACUGGGUUUUGGUCACAUAGAUUUUGAAACUGCAAAGUCUCAUGUCUAUACCCACUUUCCAAGGCUCUCCUUUGGCUGUGCAUUCAAGUCCUCUCUGCUGCACAGCGGCUUGGUGUGUGCCUUCUGAGCAGGCCCUACUUGGCUGUCACUAUGAUUUUUUUUUUAAUAUUAGUAACUAUUAGUGAAUAUCUAAAUUUCUCUUUUUUCCAAUGCAGACUGUUCUGUGUUGGCAUUACUCUUGGUACUUUUACCAGUUUUAGUCUUAUUUUGUGUUUAUUGUAAUAGUUUGCCUUCAUUAUUACUGUUGGGCUAGGAGUAUUCUGUAUAAUCAGAAACCUGGAUUUAGCAAUGCUUCUUUGUUUUCUGGCCAUUCUUCUCUCUGGAUGGAGGGAGCACCGUCAGCUACUAUUCACUUCAGAAUUUCUUCUAUUUAUAUCCUACUACAAUAAAAUUAGUGGCACUUUAUUCAUAAAUAUUCAUGAGCCUAUUAAUUACUAGUUGCUUCCUGUAGUUUAAAUUAAAAAGUCAUUUUUAAUUUGUUUUUAUGACUAGUGAGAAAGCUUUUGCCCUCUUGUGUUCUGUUACCUAUAAGAGAAUGGAAAAUGACUAAAAUCCAGUCUAGAUUAUUUUAGAGUAUCUUCAACAAAUCUCGUUUGGUCUAAAUUUAAAUCUUCUAAUAUGGUAUUCCCUACAAAGAACAAAGUGAAGAGUUUGAAUUUUACGUUUCCAUUUUUAAAAAGUAUUUACCAAAACAAAUAGAGAAAAUCAUUUGACAGUAUAUUUUAUUUCUAUAAAUUUUACAUUUUAAAUUAUAGUUAUAAUUUUAAGAUUAUUUUAAAUUCUCCCCAGUUGUAUUGCUCCAUGUGUGUUAAGUUGAAUAUCUCAUAGGCAUUUUCCUCAUGGCACAGACUCAGGCAGAAAGGCUGGAAAGAUGCCCGAAUCCACAUGCACAAGCAUGAUGUGGCUGAACAGCAGGCAAAUGAUUUUUGCAUUGUUAGCCCCAAACCAUAAGAUUUGGUAUACUUAUGAUUUUCUUUACAUAGGAUCCUAUUAGAAAAUUAAUGUUUUCAUUUCAGUAAAUUUUUAGCACAUCAAAAUCUUUUAUGAGCACCAAGUGGCUAGGUUGUAAAAGUUUUGUAAUGAUUUGCAACUAAAAUACAUGAUACAUUUUAAUCCAUUACAGACUAGUGGGAAUGUAUCAGCCAGAAUAGCAAGUAAUUUUUGUUUUAUGAAGCAGAGUAUCUGUCAUCUUGCAGUAUUACCAAUGCUGUUGUAAAUUGAAUUUAAAGUGGUAUUAAAAAGAUCCUGUCAAACAAUUUUUAUCUGUUUGUAUAUCUUACUAUAGAUUAUGUACAAGUAACAUCUAAAUAAAAUUACACUUUUAACCCUA